GAUGGCGGACUAAGCGGCGUGGCUUUCCGGAGAAGUUUCACAUUUACGAUCCUAUAGAUUCAAAAAUAGCAUCAAAUACCUCAACUAUUCGCCACCAAACGGACUUUGAGUGUGGAGCGACGGCGUGUUAUCUGAAGUGAAGAUUGAAGACGUGAUAGAAGAUGGACGACUACUGCUAUGCUAAGAUGGCGACGUCCGCUAAAAGAGAACAUGAAAGAGAAUCAGCGCCACCAACGGAGAACAAUCUGAAAAGCGAAGAUGAAGACAUCCAGCAGCUGAUCGGUAAUCCAGAAGAAGUUUCCCCUCAGUUAGGGGGGUGCUCCACUUUGAAGCAGGAGACUCCACAACCACCCUGCAUUAAAAAGGAAGAGGAGGAACUCUGGAUCGCUCAGGAGGGAGAGUGUCUUCUAGGACGAGAGGAAGCUGAUUACACCAAGUUUCCACUGAGUAUUCUCUCUGUGAAGACUGAAGAUGGUGAAGAGAAACCACAAGUAGACAACUUCAUAACUCCACUACCAGAUAGUGAGGUUGAAAAACCUUUGAUCAGCUAUACAGAAUGUGAAGGUGAUAUGAGGACUCACACUGACAACAAGCACUCUGAAUGCUCUAAAAAGAAGACUGACGUCCAGCAGCUGAUUGGUCAUCCAGAAGAAGUUUCCCCUCAGUUAGGGGGGAGCUCCACUUUGAAGCAGGAGACUCCACAACCACCCUGCAUUAAAAAGGAAGAGGAGGAACUCUGCAUCACUCAGGAGGGAGAGUGUCUUCUAGGACGAGAGGAAGCUGAUUACACCAAGUUUCCACUGAGUAUUUUCUCUGUGAAGACUGAAGAUGAUGAAGAGAAACCACAAGUAGACAACCUCUUAGCUCCACUAUCAGAUAGUGAGGCUGAAGACGAGGUUGAAGAACCUUUGAGCAGCGAUACAGACUGUGAAGGUGAUAUGAGGACUCACACUGACAACAAACACUCUGAAUGCUCUACAAAGAAGAGAGGUAAAACAUGUUUGAGCUGCCCAGUUUGUGCUGAAAAUUUUACUAAAAAGAGCCAUUUGACUCAACACAUGAGAACACACACAGGAGAAAAAUUAUUUAAGUGUUCAUUUUGUGGCAAAAGCUUUUCUCAAAAUAGCCAUUUGACUCGACACAUGGGAACACACACAGGAGAAAAACCAUUUAAUUGUUCAGUUUGUAGCGAAAGCUUUUCUCAAAAUAGCCAUUUGACUCGACACAUGAGAACACACACAGGAGAAAAACCAUUUAAUUGUUCAGUUUGUGGUGAAAACUUUUCUCAAAAUAGCCAUUUGACUGAACACAUGAGAACACACACAGGUGAAAAACCAUUUAACUGUUCGAUUUGUGGUAAAAACUAUUCUCUUCAGAGCACUUUGACUGAACACAUGAGAACACACACAGGUGAAAAUACAUGUAAUUGUUCAGUUUGUGGCAAAGGCUUUUCUGUUAAGAGGAAUUUGAAUCAACACAUGAGAACACACACGGGUGAAAAACCAUUUAUUUGUUCAGUUUGUGGCAAAAGCUUUUCUGUUAAGAGGAAUUUGACUCAACACAUGAGAACACACACAGGUGAAAAACCAUUUAAGUGUUCAGUUUGUGGCAAAAUCUUUUCUCGAAAUACCUCUUUGACUGAACACAUGCGAACACACACAGGUGAAAAACCUUAUAAGUGUUCAGAUUGUAGCAAAAGCUAUUCUGUUAAGAGCAAAUUGACUCAACACACAAGAACACACACAGGUGAAAAACCAUUUAACUGUUCGAUUUGUAGUAAAAACUAUUCUUCUCAGAGCACUUUGACUGAACACAUGAGAACACACACAGGUGAAAAUACAUUUAUUUGUUCAGUUUGUGGCAAAAGCUUUUUUGUUAAGAGGAAUUUGACUCAACACAUGAGAACACACACAGGUGAAAAACCAUUUAUUUGUUCAGUUUGUGGCAAAAGCUUUUCUGUUAAGAGCAGUUUGAUUGAACACAUGAGAACCCACACAGGUGAAAAACCAUUUAGUUGUUCAGUUUGUGGCAAAAGUUAUUCUGGUAAGACCACCUUGAUUGAACACAUGAGAACCCACACAGGUGAAAAACCAUAUCAUUGUUCAGUUUGUGGCAAACGCUUUUCUAUUAAGAACAAAUUGACUCAACACAUGAGAACACACACUGGACUAAGACCAUUUAAGUGUUCAGUUUGUAGUAAAAGCUUUCCUCAUAACGGCUCUUUGUGGCGACACAUGAGAACACACGCUGGAGAAAAAACAUUUAGUUGUUCAGUGUGCUGUAAAAGGUUCCCACAUAAUGCAGACGCAGUAAGACACUCAAGAACACACAAAGGGACAUAACCAAUUAGCUGUUUAGUUUGUGGUAUGUUGCUCAUAUGUGGUGACAUCCACCCUACCCAGGACCUCCUCACUGCUUCUUUCACAAAUAUCUGAGGUAUUCAUACAAACUUGGAUUAUUUGGAGCAUAAUCUUAUCUACUCAUGACCCCAUGUCUUCUCUGUAUCUGAAACCUUCCUGAACAAUUAACCCCCAACCCCCACCCCCUUCGACAUUCGGGCAUAACCGGUUCAAUCCGGCCCGCGAGAUGAGUUUGCAAAGUGUAAAAUUCAGCUGCAUUUUUUAAUGAAACAAAAUGCCAUUCUAAAUGUGUCCACUGGAUGUCGCAAUAGAAAUUCUGUUAGGCAAGUAAAUAGUUUAUACCGGGGCGAGCAAGUUUACCAAGCAAGAGGUACACGGUAAAGCGGUGCUGUGACUCCUCCCCCUCCACCCAACGUAAAACAGGAGUAAAAUAAGCAAUCAGUAACCCCACUUAAAAUGCAGCAUGAGACACUGCACACUGAUAUAGUUCUGUGAAAAUGAUUGUCUUCUGUGCAAAUGUAAAGAAAGUGAACAGUGUGUGAUUUACUGCAAUACUGUCAGUCUUUUAACUUUUUAUUUGUGCUUUGUUGAAAUUGUUCACACAUUGCUCUGCUUUUAUUGUUCUAUCGGUACACAGUAGAGAAUAAAGGAAAUACUUUUUGUCAAAAAGUGAUGACGUCAUAUAAAUUUAAUAUGAAAAAAUAAUACAAACAAACUAAAGUCCCGCCCCCUGACUUCCGGUGCAUAAGUCCCGCCUUCUGGUAUCUGGCUAUGGUUUGACAGAUCAAUCUGUGAAAGAUGUGUCUAUUUCACCGCUAAAUAUAAUAUAUAUUUAAUUUGACGGGUCUUCAAAACAUGUGAAAACAAUAAUCUAUAUAUUUAAUAUAUUUACUAUAAUUAAUAUGAUUUUUUUGCAGCUAUAGUCACUGUGUGUAGACUUGAAGGGGGUCUCGUAUCCUUAGUAAGGGCUUUUUUCUAACAGGAAAAUUGGGGGUCUGUUUUAUCAAAUUUUCAGUGAAUUGAGAUAAAGAUGACAUGUUAUCAAAGCCCUACAAUGGGGGUUGUGGGGGUCCCCACCCUCCUGUCUGUUGUAGUCUAAAACUGAUCUUGACAGCUGUUGAUUGAUGAAAGAAAAAUAGAAGCAGUCAUAUAAGCAUGCGUGCAAUCCCAUUAAUUAAAUCAAAUGUGCUGGGUCGUAGGAAUGGGAACAGUCACAUCCUUCAUGAUUGAAUGUAACCACGCUCCCCAUCGUUGGAUGAUGCUGAGACAAUCGAUCAUACGAUGACUUCUCAUCAUAGGGCAGCACGGUGGCACAGUGCUGUAUUGUGGCUCACAAUACAAAGGUCCUGAGUAGUCCUGAGUUCAAUCCCGGUCUCGGGAUCUUUCUGUGUGGAGUUUGCAUGUUCUCCCCGCGACUGCGUGGGAUCCCUCCGGGUACUCCGGCUUACACCCACCUCCAAAAACAUGCACCUGGGGAUAGGUUGUUUGGCAACACUAAAUGGUCCCUAGUGUGUGAAUGUUGUCUAUCUAUCUGUGUUGGCCCUGUGAUGAGGUGCCAACUUGUCCAGGGUGUACCCCGCCUUCCGCCCGAAUGCAGCUGAGAUAGGCUCCAGCACCCCCCGCGACCCCUGAAAGGGAUAAGCGGUAGAAAAUAGAUGGAUGCAUGGACUUCUCAUCAUUCCAUCAGUUUCUACCUAACACUGUCCACUAUUCUCAAGAAAAUGUUGUAAUGUUUUAUUAUGCUACAUUUAAUCUUACUUUAUAUCAUAGUAAAACUAAGGCAGUUAUGAAUAAGUUUAUCUUUGUUUCUGAAAUAUAUCUAGAUUUUGAAUACCGCCAACAGAUUAUAUAUGUUUCACCAACAUAUGCAACACUAGUUUUAACAAUAUUACAAAUAAUAUUAAAGUCAUGUUGUUGAUUGUGUGGUUUAGUUUAGGUUUUAAGCCACAUCCUGCAGUUAAAAAAAUUGUUUCAUAUGAAUGGUAACUGUUAAAAGCUAUUAAUGCCAACGUUUUUCAAAUCUUCCAAUACUACUUUUUAAACUUUCAAUGUCUACUUUUUAUCAUUGUAAGAUUUUCAGGAAAAUGUCUUUAGUUUAUUUUUCACAUUACAAUAUUUUUGAUCCGUGCCUUGUGUAAAUACCGUUAAUGUUUAAUCCACAUAUUUUUUGGUAAUAUUCAACACUAUGUUUUUAUUUGCCUGUCACUAUAAUGUAGGAAUAUUGAUAGUUUUCUUCUUUUUGUAAUGUUCACAUGUUUGAUAUACGUAUUGUGACUUUAAGUUGCGUUAUAAGUGUAGCUUUUUUUGUCAUUGUACAACAAUGCAACACAAUUGAAUGAAUAGCUGCAAGUCAACUUUAGCUUGCUGAUUGUACAAUAUUUGGUGUAGUGUGACUUUAUUGGUGCUUUUAGACUGCCAACCAUUCCCAUGUUUUUAUCAUUGCUUUUUCCUAAAUCUAACCUUGUUUGCGUAUAUGUUCUUCACAAACAGAUAAUAGUUUAUUGAUUGUUAAAAUACUAACAGAUGGUGGAAUAACAAGGUGACUUUAAUAGUAGUCUUCACAUCAAUAAUAUUGCAAACUAUAUUUGUAUGUGUGUCUCACUUUUUCCUAGUUGAAUCAUUGGUAUUACAAUUGUACACAUGCACAUGUGUGCAUUAGUACACAUCAUGAUAAGCAGGGUACUCCUACUGCAUUUGUACAUCUAUUCAUUAAAGUUAUGUUAAACCACACCCAAACCUGCUCACCCAAUUACUUUUUUCAAUGACUUUUUCUGUUUCCUUGUCAUUCACUACUCAGUUUGUCAGUGUUUUAGCAAGUGUGUUUUUCAAAACCUAUCCACAAUGUUCAACAUUUUAGGAUUGUAUUAUUUUUUGGUAGCAACAUUUGACCAUACUUGCCAACCCUCCCGAAUUUUCCGGGAGACUCCCGAAUUUCUGUGCCUAUCCCGGAAAUCUCCCGGGACAACCAUUCUCCCGAAUUUCUCCCGAUUUCCAGCCGGACCUGAGUGAGGACAGCCUGUUGUCACGUCCACUUUUCCUCCAUAUAAACAGCGGGCCGGCCCAGUCACAUUAUAACAUCUACAGCUUUUGGAGCUCAGUGCACAACUGCACACACAACAAGAAGGAGACUAUUAUAUAUGUCUCCGUUAUCCAUAGGUUUAUCUAUAACCCAUAAAGUAGGCAGGCACGGAGCUAUUGCUCAGCGUGUGUUUAUUCCAGCCGGCACGUUAAUACACUGACACACAACAUCCGGAUUCCCAUCUUGCAUUGCUUCAAAACUACGGUAAGUAGUAAUGUUAAAAAACAUAGCAGAGACGAAGCAGAAGAACGACAAACAGACAGUCAUGGCGACGACGAGUAAGAAGAAG